GAAUUAAUCAUUUCUCGCCAAUGUGUUCAAAAGCUUCUUCUCUUCUUCAUUACUUCCGAUCAAAAUUUGCCGGUGUUUACUGUUGCAAUAGCCGUCGCCACUCGCCAACGGUGGGGUAUCGGUAGAUUGAUUUCUAAAAUUAGAGGGAGAAAUAGAGGAGGCUCUCAUUUUAUUUCGUGAAUGUUAAAGACGGUCAACGCAAAAUCACUUGUGAAGAAUCUGAUGCUUUGUGUCGUCGUGGUCAAGCAAUUUCAGAUUGAUCCGAAAACAAUCUGUCAGAUCUUUGUGUAAAGAGAGUAGCUUUGAGGGAGCUGAUAGUUCUGUUCGUUGCCCAUGAUUAGAGAUUUAGUAUAUUCUCACGGAUGAUUCAGCGAGACCUGUUUCAUCGAUUAGCAGAUGAAUGGAUGGGGUUUCUUCUGAAAUUGACACGUAGUCCAUUGUUUUAGGAUAUUCAAAGCUAGAGGAAAACAAGUUUUUGGUUGAUUCUUUUGAUUUCAUUACAAAAAAAAAGAGCUUUUUGGUUUUCUUUGAGUUGGUGAUUGUUAACUCUCAUCAAAUCUUCUGAAGAAACCUUUCUUGUAACCAGCUAUGGAAGAUUCUUCCCAGGGGAGUUUUGUUGCAACCAUAAAUGAGGAUUAUGAAGCAAUUUGUUGGGGCUGUGGGCUAAACCUUGUUCUUCCAUCAUAUGCACCUGUUUUUAAGUGUGGAUGGUGUGGUGCAAUCACGAAUCAGAAUCCAGUCAGACCUGAAACCAAAAGCUUUGGGUUGAGACGUUUCCGUGACCGGUGUUUUGUCGUUAUUCUUGCAGUUUUUAUGCUCUUUGUGAUAUGUGGUGGGAUUUGGGCUGCAUAUCCCGUCUUGUUUUCGAUCAGCUUGGCUUGCGGAAUUUUCCAUUCUGUUACAACAGCGACUCUGGCGAUAUCAACGCUCUCAACAUUUAUUCUCGUUGCUUUUAAAUGUGCCGGGAAGCCAACAAAUAUUCUUUAUGGAACCCACCCUGGAGUAGGGAAUGGUGCACUUAACAACUAUACCUUUUGUAACUACUGCUCCAAACCCAAGUCACCUAGAACCCAUCACUGCCGCACGUGUGGCAUGUGUGUAUUGGACAUGGAUCACCAUUGCCCCUUUAUUGGGAACUGUGUUGGUGCGGGUAAUCACAAAUACUUCAUAGCAUUCCUUAUCUCAGCCGUCAUUAGCACAAGCUAUGCUGCUGUUAUGUGUGUGUAUACCUUGAUUCAUAUCUUGCCACCUAUUGAAAAAGGAGCUGCAUAUGCAUCCGAUGUGGCCCAUGUGGCGCAUGGUAAUAGUAUAUCGAUUCUGAGAGUGGUGAAGAAUAUAUGUCUUACUUACAUAGCCAACGCUGUCUUCAUCUCUGUUCGAAGCCUUGUUCUAGUCUAUCUCUUUGUGGCGAGUGUUUCUGUGGCGAUUGGGCUAAGUGUUUUGCUGUGGCAACAGCUUAGCUAUAUCUAUGAAGGCAAGACUUACUUGAGCCAUUUGAGUUCUCAAGGAACAGAAGAAGAUGGUGAAAAAAGCUGCCGGAAUCUUUUGACUUUUUUCGGGUGUCCACAUUCAAUUGAAAGGCACUUGCCAACCAUAAGGAACUUGAGGAAGAGACAUAAGACAUGAGAAGAAGAAGAAGAGAAGAAUGUGAGCCAAGUAUGUUUUUUUCUGUUUCCUCCUACACUUGGAGCUUGUUGUGGUCAAUUCAGAAACAUUCAUCAUACAGUACUUGGAGCUAACAGGUAAUGCAGAUUAGCAAAGUUUGUACCUCAUUUGUGAAAAUUCAUGAUCAUAGAAUAUAGGAGCAACUGCUCCUGUAAAUUUUGCUUAAAGAUUGUAAAUUUGUUGUUUCCCUGACAUGCCUUUGAACUCAAGGAUAACAUUAUCAAAGGCGUUCCAUAGAUAAAUCUUUUUUGGAUCUUGCCAGUGACUUGAGUCAUUGAUAACAGAACUUAAAGCUUCUGGUUUUCUUUC